AUGGGGAACGAUAUCGAAGCACAAGCCAGCACCACAGCUCGUGCUGAGAGCCUGGACGAGAAAACCAUCGCGUCCUCCAAAGAUGUCGACGAGGCAUUACAGUUUCUUCAUGCCAAUGCGGCCACCGCUCACCUUACCGACAUCGAUGAGAAGAAGCUGAUGCGCAAGGUCGACUGGAUGAUGAUGCCGCUGAUGUUUGCGGUUUACUAUCUGCAGUACACGGACAAGACAUUGCUCUCAUCUGCCGCGGUGAUGGGUGUCAUCGAAGACACUCACAUGCCUGACAAUGGGUUUUCCCAUCUCGCCAUGGCAUUCUACGUUUCUUUCCUCUUCUGUGAGCCGCUACAGUCGUUUUGCAUUCAACAUUUCCCCACCGCCAAAUACUUGGGGUGCAAUGUUAUCCUUUGGGGCACCGUGGUGACCCUCAACGCUGCGUGUCAUAGCUUUGCACCUGUCGUAGCUCUUCGUGUUCUGCUUGGCAUAUUGGAAGCAUCCGCCGCUCCCAGCCUUAUCAUCCUCACAUCCAUGUGGUAUAAGCGGGAGGAGCAAGUCACACGAAUGGGCAUCUGGUAUCAGGGUACAUCAGUCGCACCUGCAGUGUCCAGCCUUGUCUCCUAUGGCUUCCUCCAUUACACAAAUGAUCACCCAAACCUGCGAUUCAAGUCAUGGCAGAUCCUCUUUCUGAUGUGGGGAUUGAUCACCAUUGUUGCGGGAAUUCUCGUCUUUGUGUUCCUUCCAGAUAAUCCCAUGAAAAGCCGACUGUCCAAUGAUGAAAAACUCUUUAUCAUUGAGCGUGUUCGAGGCAACCAGACUGGAAUCGAGAACAAAAAGCUCAAGGGUAACCAAGUCAAGGAGGUUCUACUGGACGUGAAAACGUGGCUCUUGAGUCUCGUUGUCAUCACCACCAAUGUUCCGAACGGCGCAGUUAGCUCUUUCUCCAACAUUAUCAUCUCGAACUUCGGCUACGAUGAUUACACCACACUACUGCUCAAUCUGCCGGGAUGUGUAGUCAGUUUCGUUUCCGUGGGACUAGGAACAUAUUUGGCUGGAAAGUUCAACGCUAGAGGCCCGAUAGUUACUAUUCUCAUCAUACCGACGCUCAUAGGUGGGGCGCUGAUGGCAUGGUUGCCUCCUGAUAACAAGCCCGGGCUGCUGGCCGGCAACUACAUGACAAAUACUGUUGGCUCAAGUAAGUGGAUGUUGUCUGCCGUACUUACCAAAAACACAGACGGCGGCCAUACCAAAAAGGUCACCAUGAACGCCAUCGUGUUGAUGUCAUUCUGCUUGGGCAACAUAAUAGGACCUGAAACAUUCCAAGACAAGGAUGCACCGCAGUACAUCCCAGCCAAGAUGACUAUUGUCAUUAUUCUCGCGUUCGGCAUAGUAUUCACGAUACUUCUCGACUGGCUCUACAUCCGGGAAAACAACAAGAGGGAAAGGGAAGGGCACCAAGAGUUGCCGCCCGACUUCGAAUUUCUUGAUCUCACAGAUAAAGAAAAUCGGAAUUUCCGAUACGUACUUUGA